CUCUACAAUGCCUUUGACCUCUUGCAAAAUCCCAACCUCCAUCUCACCAACACGCUUCUUAUUCGUCAGCCACAACCACCAUAUGAUCAUUGUAACAUCACCACGCGACCCUUUUCUUCUGUCAUCUUUCCCUGCCCUUUCAACGUGCCACCAAGUUGAAAACUCCCACCUCUUCGUUCACCACCUUUACUCCUCUCUGCACGUUUUCAACAUAGUUUUCGUGAUUUGAGCUACUGUUUUGUUUUGUUUUUCAAGUUUUCUGUUGUCUUAGAAACUUGUCUUGUGUAACAUUGGAAACUGUGUUGUUGUGUCUCUUUUUGUUUUUUGCUGUUAUCUGAGGUUUUUGGAUCAUGGGUUCUGAGGCUUACUACCUUCUGAUCCCAUCUUCAAGGACAACCCUUUACCCAAGAGAUUCCAAAAAUUUGGAAAAUUUCAAGAUCUAACCGAGUCAAAGUCAAAAUACUUGAAGCACCGUGAUGGACACGAAUAACCCAAUUGAGAAUUCUUCCAAUUCUGAAUCUUUCAUGUUCAAUUCAUCAUCACACAGAAGUGCCAUGUCCAUUCAGUCUAGGAGUUCUGGUAGGAACUCAACCCGGGAAGUGACUUUUGGCCACUCAGGAUCCAAGCCUGUGAGGUAUGGCUCAAAGGGUGCUGAUUCUGAAGCUCUCAGUAUGUCUCAGAAGGAAAUCAGGGAUGAGGAUGCAAGGUUAGUUUAUGUUGAUGAUCAUGAAAGGACAAAUGAGAGGUUUGAAUUUUCAGGGAAUUCAAUUCGUACUGGGAAGUACUCCAUUUUCACCUUUCUUCCAAGGAACCUGUUUGAACAAUUUCAUAGAGUUGCUUACAUUUACUUCCUUAUAAUUGCCAUUCUUAAUCAGCUCCCUCAGCUAGCUGUUUUUGGGAGGGGCGUUUCCAUUUUGCCAUUGGCCUUUGUGCUUCUUGUUACUGCUGUGAAGGAUGCAUAUGAGGAUUGGCGGAGGCACAGGUCAGACAAAGUUGAGAACAAUAGGUUAGCAUUGGUUUUGGUUAAUGGUCAGUUCCAAGAGAAGAAGUGGAAGGAUAUUAGAGUUGGGGAGGUCAUUAAAAUCCAGGCAAAUGAAACCAUUCCUUGUGAUAUUGUGUUGCUAUCAACUAGUGACCCUACUGGGGUUGCUUAUGUUCAGACUCUUAAUCUUGAUGGAGAAUCUAAUUUGAAGACUAGGUAUGCAAAACAAGAAACUCAAUCCAAGUUGCCUGAAAAGGAGAGGUUUAAUGGAUUGAUUAAGUGUGAGAAACCCAAUAGGAAUAUCUAUGGAUUUCAUGGUAACAUGGAAAUUGAUGGAAAGAGGUUGUCUCUUGGAUCCUCCAAUAUUCUUCUUAGAGGCUGUGAACUAAAGAAUACUAAUUGGGCACUUGCUGUAGCAGUGUAUUGUGGCCCUGAGACCAAAGCUAUGCUCAACAGCUCAGGAGCUCCAUCAAAGAGGAGCCUUCUCGAGACUCGCAUGAACUCUGAGAUCAUUAUACUUUCUUUCUUUCUAGUAGCUUUGUGUACUGUCACCUCAGUUUGUGCUGCUGUUUGGUUAAAGCACCACAGGGACGAGUUAAAUCUCUUGCCAUAUUAUAGGAAACUGGAUGUUUCUGAGGGCAAAGAAGAAAGCUAUGAAUAUUAUGGAUGGGGAUUGGAAAUCCUUUUCACUUUCCUCAUGUCAGUUAUAGUGUACCAGGUCAUGAUCCCUAUAUCCUUGUACAUUUCCAUGGAGCUUGUCCGUGUUGGUCAAGCUUAUUUCAUGACCCGAGACUCCAGAAUGUAUGAUAAGGCAACAAAUUCAAGAUUUCAGUGCAGGGCUUUGAAUAUUAAUGAAGAUUUAGGUCAAAUUAAAUAUGUCUUUUCUGACAAAACUGGUACACUGACUGAGAACAAGAUGGAGUUCCAAUGCGCAAGCAUAUUUGGAAUUGAUUACAGUUCUGCAAACACCAGUCUCGAGAAUGAGCAAGUUGAAUACUCUGUUCCAGUGGAAGGAAUGAUCUUGAAGCCAAAGAUGAAGGUGAAAGUUAAUCAAGAGCUUUUACAUUUAUCAAAAAGUGGUUUUCCAAGUAAAGAAGGAAAACAUAUUUAUGAUUUCUUUCUAGCACUGGCAGCCUGCAAUACCAUUGUGCCUCUUGUGGUUGACACAUCUGACCCUAUGGUCAAGCUGAUUGAUUAUCAAGGGGAAUCACCAGAUGAACAAGCAUUGGCUUUUGCCGCCGCUGCCUAUGGUUUUAUGCUUAUUGAACGAACCUCAGGUCACAUAAUCAUUGAUAUUCAUGGGGAAAGACAAAGAUUCAAUGUCUUGGGUUUGCAUGAAUUUGAUAGUGAUCGGAAAAGGAUGUCAGUUAUAUUGGGGUACAAUGACAAUUCUGUGAAAAUUUUUGUUAAAGGGGCGGAUUCAUCCAUGCUUAGUGUGAUAGACAAAUCAUUGAACACAGAUAUACUUCAAGCAACUGAAACCCAUCUUCAGUCUUAUUCCUCGGUUGGUUUGAGGACGCUUGUUAUUGGGAUGCGGGACUUGAAUGCUUCAGAAUUUGAGCAAUGGCACCUUUCCUUUGAGGCAGCAAGCACUUCUUUGAUUGGUAGGGCUGGUAUGCUUCGCAAGGUCGCUAACAAUGUGGAGAACAAUCUCUGCAUAUUGGGUGCAACUGCCAUUGAAGACAAACUGCAGCAAGGAGUGCCAGAAUCUAUUGAGUCCCUAAGGACUGCAGGUAUUAAAGUAUGGGUGUUGACUGGGGACAAACAGGAAACUGCCAUAUCAAUUGGAUACUCCUCAAAGCUUCUAACAAGCAAAAUGACUCAAAUCAUAAUUAACAGCAACAAUAGAGAAUCAUGCAGAAGACGUUUGCAAGACGCCCUUAUCAUGUCUAGAAAACACAUGGCUGUGUCAGGGGUUACCCACAAUGCUGAAGGAAGUUCUGAUGCUGUUACAACUUCAAUAGCCUUGAUUAUUGAUGGUACCAGUCUUGUUUAUAUUCUUGAUAGCGAGUUUGAAGAAGAGCUUUUUCAACUUGCAAGUAAAUGUUCUGUUGUUCUCUGUUGCCGAGUGGCUCCACUACAGAAGGCUGGGAUUGUCGCCCUUGUGAAGAAUAGGACGGAUGACAUGACAUUAGCCAUUGGAGAUGGUGCUAAUGAUGUAUCAAUGAUCCAAAUGGCUGAUGUUGGAGUUGGCAUCAGUGGACAGGAGGGUCGGCAAGCUGUAAUGGCAUCAGAUUUUGCAAUGGGGCAGUUUAGGUUUUUAGUUCCUCUUUUAUUGAUACAUGGGCAUUGGAAUUACCAACGAUUGGGUUACAUGAUAAUAUACAACUUUUACAGAAAUGCUGUCAUUGUCCUUAUCCUGUUUUGGUAUGUACUCUUCACUGCCUUCACUUUGACAACUGCUAUAAACGAAUGGAGCAGCAUGUUGUAUUCAAUAAUCUAUACUUCAUUUCCAACUAUUGUUGUUGGUAUACUUGACAAGGAUCUUAGUAAAAGGACACUCCUAAAGUAUCCUCAGCUUUAUGGGGCAGGGCAGAGACAUGAAGCCUACAACAAAAAGUUGUUUUGGCUGUUAAUGGCCGAUACUUUGUGGCAAAGCAUCGCUGUCUUCUUUGCUCCCCUCUUUGCAUAUUGGGCAAGCACCAUAGAUAUAGGAAGCAUAGGAGAUCUUUGGACUCUUUCGGUGGUGAUUUUGGUUAAUUUGCACUUGGCCAUGGAUGUCAUCAGGUGGAAUUGGCUUUCUCAUGCAGCCAUUUGGGGCUCUAUCAUUGCCACCUUCAUUUGCGUCAUGGUUAUUGAUGCUAUACCUGCAUUUCCUGGUUACUGGGCUUUCUUUCAUGCUGCAGGAACUGGAUUGUUCUGGUUAUGUUUGCUCGGAACUGUGAUAGCCGCGUUGCUUCCUCGUUUAGUGGUAAAAUUUAUUUAUCAAUAUUAUUUUCCCAAUGACAUUCAGAUCUCAAGAGAAGCUGAGAAGUUUGGGAAUCAAAGAAUGCAUGGAGAUGGACAAAUAGAAAUGCAUCCUAUUUCAGAUGCUCCACCAAGAUGACAGAAAUUAGGUUGUUCCUUUAUUCUAUAUUAUUUAUUUUGUAAAGUAACAUAUUCUUUAGGCUACAUUCAGAGUAUUUCUGUGGUUUGCCACUUGCCAGAUUUUAUUGAACUCUAUCCGAAGGAAAGAGUUUGUUUUCAAUGCAGAGGCUAUUGAGUUUUUGUUCCUUUGCAUCGACAAGUUGGCCUGUUGUAAAUUAACAUUUGUUAUAGCAGAUAAAGAAAAAAGUUCUUACGUGUUAUCUU